UUGCAAACAGCGAAGCUACAAAAUGUAAGGCUGAUUGAUGGAGGAGAAAGCGACCGAUCAAUUUAAUUGAGCUGUCUUGCCUGAUCUGCGGCGAUCAUCCGCUCGACAGCAUGCAUUUCAAGGAACUAAGUUACUUGCGUGUUGUUUGACAGCGUAAGAUAGCUACAGGAGUUUGAUACUGGUAGUCCGUCGUCGCAGACUACCUCUGAGAAUGAGAUGAAAAUAAUAAUUUUAUUAUCAUCGCCGUGAGCGAAUCGAGCGUUCGAAGUGUAACUCUCAAAGCAGUGGAGAAGCUGCGUAUUCAUGGUAUUUGAGUCCUGCCAACUAUUAGUUUCUCCUCGGGGACAGCUUAUUCUUCUACAUUUUUGUAUUUACUGAGAGCUAGACGAGGCUGCAUUGAGUGACAUUGUUUCUUUGGGCCAAGGACGCUGGCAAGUGUUUACUGCUGUUUGAAUGUGACUAGAACCAAGCAGCCCUCGAUGUACGUAGCAAUAGCAGGGAGAUAAUAGUCACUCUGCAUCGUCGGGUUCUUGCCGUUAGAAAUGGGCUCGUAGUAGGCAGCCUGUAGCAGCUGGUGCUCAACGUCGUCUCCGCCCGCAGUGCUGGGACGAGGCAAUGGCUUCUUACGAGCCGAUUUCCGGCGAAGAUUCAGACAGCCGGGAUACUCGACCCAUCCUUACUUCGUUCCGUGAUGUUGCAGGUGGAAGCGUAUCAAGAACCAGCUCGGAUGACUCCCUACAUCUACAGCUUACGGACCUUUCCGUUGAGGGCUCGACAAAGCAUAGCGAGGACUCUGCAGCGGAAGCUGACUCGCAUCUCAAUAGUAGUGGUACCGCCAAACGAAAGGUGUACAAGUAUCGCUGGUGGGUGUUGUUUGUCGUCUGGUUAGUUAUCUUUGAAGAGGCAUGCCUCUGGAAUACAUGGGGACCCAUCGCUGACGUGGCCAAACAGGCAUUCGGUUGGACGGAUGGAACAAUUGCACUGCUAGCCAACUGGGGUUGCAUUGGCUUCACGAUUGCGGCUGGCCCGUUGUCAUGGGCGAUGGGACGACGGACUCUGAAGGCCGUCUUCCUGUUCUCGGCUCUGUGUGGCAUGGCAUGCACAGCGCUACGCUGUAUCACCAUGGAGCCAAAUGCAGCCUCCUACCUGAUAAACUUUGCUCACCUGCUCAACGGCCUGUCAGCACCCGUGGCGCUGGGAGCUGGGCCCGUGAUCUCUGCAAAGUGGUUCCCACCGUCGGAACGUGUGACAGCGACCGCUGUAGCCGGCAUGAGCACCACGGUGGGAGUUGCGACGUCGUUCCUGCUGGGACCACUGCUUGUACCGGAUACGCAAUGCAACGGAACCAGCGCGGAUGGUGCAGUAAACCACACCUUCGAGUCGAACUUCACAAUCCUCUACGACGAAUGCAUCGACGGAUUGCGACACAACAUCCGGAACCUCAUGCUUGUUCAUCUUGGCUUCUCCGCUGUGGUCCUAUUCUUGGUGGUGUUCACGUUGAAAACUGAGCCGAAGAGUGCACCGUCACACUCCAGUGCGAUACCGAGACUGGAGUUCCGUCCCGGACUACGGAAGCUCAUCAGGAAUACACCAUACAUAGUAAUAUCUGUUGUCUACGGCUUGAUCAAUGGAUUGUUCAGCGGCUGGGGUGCUGUUCUGUCGCUGAUUCUCGGCAUGUAUGGAGUCUCUCAGCGAGAGAGUGGCUUCAUUGGUUUCUACUCCACCAUUGCAGGUGGCUUCACUGGCAUCCUCAUGGCACGGAUUGCUGACAAAUACUCUCGUCGUCACAAAGAGCUGAUCCUAGUCGUGUUGGUCGGCUCCAUUUUUGCCUUCUUGGCAUUGUCCGUUGUGGGACAUUUCUCGUCAGGAGAAACACACAAGUGGGAGCUUGCAGUAUACUACAUUGCUGUCAUCCUGGGUGGCAUCUUCCAAUACGGACUCAUACCCAUCAUGUUAGAGUUAGCCGUGGAGAUAUCUUAUCCAGUGGCUGAGGGUAUCACGGCCGUCUUCAUGACCUUCUUCAGUUGUUUCUUUGUCGUCAUCUUCCUUGGCCUGCUCUAUAUACCUGGAAUAGGUGUGGUGUGGUUGAAUUGGUCUCUGGUGGCUGUCCUGGUGUUCGGCACAACGGUAAUAGUGUUCGUGAAGCCUCAGUACUCCCGUCUGGACCAAGACCUGUCCCAGUAAGGUCGUAGCCAUGCCUAUUGCUUGCUUUCCUCUCAGCCACCCCUAACAGUGGGUAUCAGCGACCAAGCCUAUCUCCACGACAUGGACACACACAGAGUCCACUUCCUUGCCUACUCCACCCGCUGCUAGAUGGAAGACCGGUUGAACCUGGCCACACCAAACGCCAGUUGGUCAUGAAGAAUAGUGCUUUAACUUCGCACCGCAAAGCACAUCUAUACGUUGGCAAUUAAUAGCCCUGAAUACUAAGUAUCACGAUUGGUUGAUGCCAUCUUCAUUUGGUCCAUUUACUGGUAUAGCAGCUUGCUUGUAUAUUGGUGUCAGCACUUGAGGACUGCUCUGCCGAACAACUCUUAGUUCAUGCAAUCCAGAGACCGUUACAUGAGAAUCUUUGCAUUAUAAUAGACAAUGGCUACAAUGUAGUCUUCACCUAUUGAGAAAUCAUGUGACCUAACGUGCGAAUCAGUAAGAAAUAAUCACCUUCAACAUGGAGACAAUUGACAUGUUGAUGGAUUUUUUGACUUUGUUAUAAAAAGCCUAUGGAUUCCACUUGACGUAAACAUUAUCACGAAGCCCUAUGGCAGGAUUGAUGCAAGCAGAUUAAUAUAUUUUUAAUGCCGUGAAGAGAACGAUGUGCCCGCUCAUAAUACUUGUACUCCAGAAUGUUUUCUAGUCCCAAUAAUAUGAUUUAUCAAAGAAAUUUCGCCCCUUUGUGUACAUUUUAUUUAGCUUGCCGUCUGUGGUCACUGAAUGGCUGCAGUGUGAGCCAACAGUAGCUCAGAGCACGUCUUCUACAUUUCUAUUCUCAUACAGGUGUCUGUGACCUGUCGGCUUGAAUCAGCCCAUAGUUCCUAUUUAUUAAUUUCUUCACCACUGCAUCGCAGUAACCACUCUUCAUGCUAACUAGAUGCUAACACACUGAUUGAGCUGAUAUUUGCUUUCAGAGCACUUCUCACACCGACAAUAGUGCUCCUCUGUCCAAUUCUUCUGAAAUUCCACACCUAUUCUACCUUGGCUACAAAUAGUGAAACAUUCAAAGCUUU